GUUGAGAAUACUAUGUCAGCAUCACAAGAAAAGACCUUCUUCGUCCAUAAUGAGAAGCCACUCUCUUACAAUAGUUUCGUUAAGCUCUGUACUGAAGGGCUUAAAGAAAAAAUAGCUUCUCAAUCGGAACAGAAAUAUUUUUCUGUUUUGGAGAUCGUUCACGACAACGAGCUCAACUAUGAUUCGCUGAAAUUAUUCAGUAAAUUAGUGUCAAGCCUCUUAAGAGCUGGAGCUAAAGACUUAAUUUAUGCGAUCCUUAACAAUCCUCCAAAGUAUGACCCUCUAAGUCCUCAUCAAUAUCUAAAGUCUUUUGGGGCCUACCGGGAUUUCUGCAUAAAUCUACUGUCAUUUGAUUGAUCGUUCAUUCUUGAGGCAACUGAGUUGAUCCUCAAUCAGGCUCUGAAUUUGUGCACAGCCUGAGUGUCAGAGGACAUUGCCAUUAAAAUUGGUGAUCAAAAUGUCUUCAGCUCUAUCGAAGAUAUUCAGAAAAGAGCCAGAGAUAUACUCAAAGGAUCCAAGAAGAGGUUCACUCAGAUCCAGAACCCAGAUGAUGCUGAUUUUAUGCUUGAACUGUUCAAAACACACCCAAAUGCAGAUGAAAAAGGUAUCCUCAAAGAAGGAGCAACAGUGAAGGUGUUCAAAGGAAAAUCCAAGCAAAACACUCCAUGCUUCUUUAUCUCUGUGUGUAAUGACCAGGACACUGUGAAGUCUACUCCAAGCCAUGGAGAAGACAACUUACCUGUAGAAGAUAUCUCUUACAUGAAAUGUGUGAACCAAGUUGCUGUGAAGCUUUCUCACAAUAUGAUUGACUCAACUAAAACUCUCAGAAUUGAUAUCCAGAAUCUUCUAGAUCUCGCUGUAUCUUUUGCUGAACAGUUCCCAUUCAACAAGCCAAAAAUUUUGAAACUAAUUCUUAAAAUGAUUCCUCACUCAGCUUUGCAUGUCCAAUUCCAUGCUAUCUUCUUAAGGAUUUUGUUCCAUAUUUUGGCUAAGAUGCCAUAUUAUGAAGAAGAGGUUCUAGAAGCUAUACUUACCAGGUUCAUUCAGAUUGAUGUUAGUAUUAAAAGCAAGCAGCUAGCCUUCAAGAGACACUUCACUUCCAACGACCUCAAGGCUGAUGUCUACCUAUAUCACCUGAUUUGUCAUUUUGAAGCCAGGAUCCAGCAAAUUGAGGAAGAAUCUACCCCCAGCCUAAUGAAAAAGAGUCUGACAAAUUCUGGAGAUGCAGAGAUGAGAUGCCAAGAACAAGAAGAGACUUUUGAAGACAGUGAAUCCUCUCGUAACAAGAUUGAUAAUUUCUGAGAUAUGCUCCUCAGAUUAUUUGAAAGGAAUGUGCUACCGUACUCUGAAAGCCAUUACCCUCAGUAUUGCUUCCUCUAUGUCUGCUCAAUCAACCAGAUGUUCCUGCAAAAAUUGAUCACACUCUUCGUUCUAAGAGCAUUUAAUGAUGAAGACUCAACAAAAACAGGCCUUUAUAAAGCAGACCAGUGCUUAAACAAGGUCUGUAACAUAAACUAUCUCUGCAGCCUGUUAGCUACCAGUGGUAAAGAAAUCAUUUCAAUUAGAAUUCUUAUGGAAAGCCUUCAUUUCCUGGUGAAGUUCUUUAAAAGAAAAUUCCACUCAAAAAUUAAGCCUACCCAAUUCGAUGCCGAAUCAAGUCAUUCAGAUGGAAAUGAAUCUUCAAGCAAAAGGGUUAGAGGAAAAAUGAGAAUUGACGAUAAGUUAUUCUACAUCAGUGUAGUUCAAGGCUUGACUUACAUUUUGGCAUUUAAGAUUCCUGAAAUUCAAAGCCAAGAUCCUUCUCUUUUGACAAGAAUUUUAAAAUUAGUAUUAAACAAUGAGCACAAGGCAGCCUUGUAUAACCAAACCUCUCUGCUGGAGACACUUAUUGAGUCAAUGAAAGAAAACAGGAUCACUCCUAAAUAUAUCAGAAGACUAACCAAGCUCUUGAAGGAACAGAAGAACUUCUUAAGAUACAAAAAGGAUUUAUUCAAUAGAAUAAAGAGAAAGAUGCCGUUCGGAACUCCUCUCUUCCUCGUAGAAUGCGGAGAUUUCUUCAAAAACAUUCAUUCCCAUCUUCCAAAUAACCAAAUCAAGGAAAGUAUAAGUAAGAAUCUUCUCCCGCCAGAACAGAAACCUGCAACUCUAGUAAAGAAAAAGGUAGUUUUUGCUGAAGAAACCAAAGACAAAGAAACCAAUUUUGAAGACAAAGAUCUCCAAUCAAUCUUCGGACAUCCCAAGAAAGCUUCUAAAACUAAUAUCCGGAACAAAAUUUUCGGAAAAUUGGGAAGGUCUUUGUCUGUAGACUUCAUGCACAAAAAGAAAGCAUCUCGUAAAUCAUCAAGAGACUCUAUCAAUAGACAAGCGGAUGUUCAAAUGACAACUCAGACUAUGGAAAUCUCCAAAGGAGGUGAUACUUCCUUUGACCUCGAAGUAGGUACUUUAGUUGAACACGAACAUCUUUCUGACGGCUAUGCUAGCGACAAAAAUACAGACGUCGCUAGCAUUGAACUUCUUGAUGAUCGCAGACCAGUCCUGCAUCUUAGGAAGAACAGAAGUCGUAAUAGAAAAAGGAGAUUAAAUAGGUUGCAAAGGGCAAAUAUGCUCGUCUCAAAGCAAACACUUGAAUAAAUUAAACAGUGACCUAUUUACACCUAAAGUUCAACUAAAGUA